CCCACUAUUAUUGGAUCCGACCACAAAUUGUGAUAUGUCUAGCUGCGAUGACAUAUACCAUCGGUUGAUUAGACCAUAUGAACAUGACUUCAUAUCAACUCUAAAUUGAAUGAGGCCAGGAAUGUAGGUUUAAUGGAACUUGUCAACUGUCAAAAAUAGCGUAUGUGAAGAUAACUCAGACUCAAGCUCCCAAUGGUGACUGCUGGUUAAACGGUGCGGGACAAGCAGUUUAAUUGCAGUGCGGUUUUAACAGUUAUAAAAAAAUAUAGAUAUCUUUAUAUAUAAAAUAGACUUUGUAUCUCUCCUAGAGUGUCCAGCUAGGAUGCCAUGUCACAAAUUCGAGUUUCCUGGAGUCGACACCUGUCCUGUUAAAUGAAACGGUCCGCACCAUCCUGAUUCCGUACGGGCUCUAUUUUUAUGUUUGUAAAUUUGGGCUUCAGGCCCGUACCUUACUUCCUGCGGAAAACAUCGAAAGGCGUCACCCGCUAAACCUAAUUUCCGCAUACGUACAUCUCAGUCUGAUUACGGCGGCGACGAUGAUCGUUUCCCCUCUUUCUGUAACGGAGCUCGACUUCAAUUGCAUUAAUACAGACGUCCAUUACGAGCUCUUCAAUGCGUCGUUUCGUCGGCGCGAUCCAAUCUAUAAAUAGAUGGCCAUGUCUCGGGUGUUUUUUUCUGAUUUGAAAGCCAGAAAGUGUUCAUCGGUUGUGGAGGCUAGGCUGCUGAGAUAAUGGGAGGCUAGAAACGUUAAACGGGGUGGAGAGCUUAUGUGGGUGGAUAUGCUUUUGGUCGAUGUUAAUUCAACCAUGAUGCAGGCCACGAUCAGCGCUCACCGUCUACAACGGUUCCGAGAGAGACUUACUGCCGGUGCAAUGUAUUCCAUAGCUGAUUUUGAUGUCGCUAGAUGUGCUCAGAACUUGAGACUAUCUGAUUCUUCAUUGAUGAUCCGUUUCAAUGAGUCUACAUCUUUUGACGAGAUAGACGAGCCGGUCUCUGCCUUGCCGGAUGAAGCAUUCCGGUUCCGUGAUCAGUCGGAGCUGAUUGGUUUGGCCAAUACAAGCACUCAGUUACCAGACAUCAUAGGGGAGAUCCUUAGUGUCAAGAGUACUGUUACUGACCCUCCGGAGGAAAAGAACCGUGUCAUGGUGACCAUAAAAAUGGACAGUAAUGACACUGUCACUCAGUUUAUUUGAUUCUCAAGCUGUUGCUUUCCACAAGCAACUUGAGGCCAUGCGUGUUGAUCCAAAGGUCGUUGUUGCUACUAGCAUAAACCCAAAGAUGGUUGGAGGACGUUUGUUUCUCAACGCAACUACCGGAACACACGUGUAUUUUGACAAGAAGACGAAAGCAGGGGAAGUUCGAUUCUACCAGUAUGUUUGUCGUUUGUUAAAUAUGACUGCCUAACCAUUGUGCAUUGACGUACCUGACUGCUUAACCAUUGUGAUAUGCGCAGGUUAGUUGCCAGGGACACUGGGCUCGCAUCAGCCACCCUGCUACUACGGUCGUAUGCGAAGGUUGAGAAGAUGGAGUUACUAAUAUCGUUUACAAGGAGAUCUUCAAGGAUGUUCAGACAACUCAGUGAAAGCAAUCGGCCCUACUGCUCGGAUGUUUUGGAAACAAUUCACGAAGACUACAAUCAUCAUCCAAUCCAAUGCUUCGGCAACAACAUCAUUUGCAAGACUAUAAUCCCAAUUAUUUUGACUCUUCACUCUGUUUUCUUUUUACAUUUCCUCCGCAUGCGACUCUUAUUUUAAACUACAAAUUAUUCUACCAUGUGUACAAACAUAUAAAAAAAAAAUCUAAAUAGAUUGUAAACACAUAAUAUUGCUAAAGACGGGUUCUGAUGUCAA